AUGCCUGAACCAAUAUCUGUCAACGGUAAGAAUGUGUUGAUGACUGACCGGCAGCUGCAAUGUGCCGAGUUCCAUCCGGAUGGCGUGACAGUGGCCGUGGCUGGCAGGGACAGCGCUGUUCGUGUCUACGACGUGCGCAACAGGGGCCUCCUGCAGGAGUACAACGCUCACGAGGGCAUCGUGAACUCCAUGCACUUCCACCCGUCGGGUGACUGCCUGGUGACCGGUGCAAGUGACUCACUCACAAGGGUGUUCGACGUGCUCAAGGGCAGGCUGCUUUACACGCUAGUCACACACAUGAAACCAGUGCACGCCGUUUGCUUCUCACACGAUGGAAACCACUUUGCCACAGGAGGCGACGAUCGCCAGGUGUUCCUGUGGACAAGCUACAACGCUGAUUCGGCUGGGGCGGAGCAGUCCGGCAGUGGUGAUGCUGGCACACGGAACAGCGAUAAUGGGGAGCCAGCGGUCGGGAGCACAACGGCAGCUGCCAAGCCGGUGGCUGUAGUGCGCUCUGUGGCGCAGGUCUCCACUCUGAACCAGGGUUCUAGUGACCAGAGACUGGAAGUGAACCCUUCUGCCAAUGGGUCCAGCUUCGAAGCCAGGCUUGAGCAAGUGGUCACUCAACUGACUGCCAAAAUGGAGCUACUCAGCCAGGCCGUGUCUACUCUAAACUCAAAAGUGCUGGCACUCGAGUCAGUUGUGGCGGAGCAACGCACAGCAGUGCAGCAGCCGGAUCAGCCGAAGCCAAGUCAGCCGGAGCACAAUGGUGCCACCUGUGCUGAUUGACAUCCCCCUACCUUUCGUCAUCCUCGUUUGGGUGGGAUGUCACAGUGGACUUACUUGCCUCACCAGUGACUUGUGUGUAUCUUAAAAACCCGCAUAUAAUAUAAUAUUGACCACAUAUAAUACAAAGUGAAAUUUGGGGAUAGCAAAAAAGAAAAAAAAACAAAAAUUUUCAUCCGCAUAUAUUACGAGUGAGGCAAACUCAGCGAAAAGAUUUAUUUACAUUAUACUUCGCACUUCAAUCAUCAUUGUCCUCUGUUCCUCUUCCGCGAACUCUUUUCAGACAUACUCAUUUUCUGUGCCGUCGAGCGCGUUUCAAAUGCCGCACUUGUUAAAAGCACAACAUAGAAGGUCCUCCGGGAUGUUCGCCCAUGCCAAAUACACGGUGGCGCCUAGGUUGCAGUUCCUGUAUGCUAGAGAACGAUCAGAAUUAUGGUAGCCAUGCAGCAAUCUCGAAAGCAAUGCCUUGAGCCCGAUGUUUGGCUGAAAUUUUGGUUUGGAUCUGCAUAGUAUGUGGUGGAAACUUGAGACAUCAUUAAGUAGAAAAAAUCCUCGUAUUAAUGCGGGUUUUUACGGUACUUUAGUUUUUAGCAGAUGACUGCAUAUCUCGCAGUUGGACACUGUGCGGUGUGUGGGGUGUCAGAAGCUAUCGAGUGAAAUUAAUAAAUUCUUUUACUUUUUUAAA